AUGGCGCUAAGGGUUCAUCUCCUCUCCCCCCAAAUCCCCUCACAAACCCUAAAAUCCCAAACCCAUCGUCCUUUCCCCUCCACAACCCUCCAAACCCACACCCCCAAGAUCCAAAUCUCAUGCGCCAACAGCAUCAGUGAUGCAGAGCUUGCAUCAGAUUUGGCCACAGAACUUGAAAAGAUGAGCACCCAUUUGGUGCAGAGAGAGGAAGCCAUGAAGAAGAGCAGACAAAUCUUGUUCACAGAGCUGUGUCAGUACAUGGGUUCGAAUUCUGAGGAAGUGAAGAAGACAUGGAAGAAGAUGAGUGAUGAAGACAAGUGGGUUUUGGCCAAAGGGUUUGUUUCGGAUUGGGGUGUCAAUUUUCAUCCAUUGUCUGCUAGGUCUGUCAAAGAUAUGGUUGAGGAACACUUGGUUGAAGACAACCCAUCUUUGGGUUCUUCACUGUUUUUCCCUAAUUUUAAGAAAAUGAUGGGGUUUUCACAAAGCAAAUGA